GCAGAGUUUGUCUCUUCUCUGUCAGACAUCAAUCUGGGUUUCAACAAACUGACCUGCUGCUCUCCUGACAUCUGCAAGUUCCUGCAGCUGACAAACAUUGACCUCAGGAAUAACCAGCUGACUGAUUUACCGUCUGAAAUGAAAGACUUGACCAAACUGCGGUCUGUUACCCUCAUUUACAACAGGUUCAAGUCCUUCCCUCAAGUCCUCUAUGACAUUGUUUCCUUGGAGACGGUGUUGCUUGGUAACAACCAGGUGAACGGGGUGGACCCUCAUCGUCUCAUGAAGUUGAUUAAUCUGUCGACGCUGGAUCUCUCCAACAACGACCUGCUGAACGUCCCCCCUGAGCUGGGCCUGUGCAGCAGCCUCAGGUGUCUGAGUCUGGAGGGGAACCCUUUCCGUGCACCCAGAGCAGCCAUCGUGGCCCGAGGAACGGACGCAGUGAUGGAGUACCUCCGCGGCCGCAUUCCAACAUGAUCUCCGCUCACACCUGUUUUUUUAUCAAUGCUGACAUUUAAAAGCAUGAACCAACAAACUGAUUGUACAACAGGAGGCCAUCACACAGUUCAAAGUUUCCCUGGGAGGUGGAUCCAUAUUCCGUGAUG